AUGUGCUCCCUCGCCCAGGUGCUGGCGGUGGUGCUGGGCGCGGCGCUGUGCCCGGCGCUGCGCGGGGCGCCGCUGCCCGAGUUCUCCGGCGACGAGGACUUCCAGCUCUUCCUGCGCAAAAACCUCGAGUUCACCCGCAAGCUCAAGGGGGACGUGGCCGCGCUGCAGCGCGCCGUGUGCGACACCUUCCAGCUGUGCGAGGAGGAAGAGCUGCUGCUGGUGCGGCAGCAGCUGGGCAUCGCCCAGGCGCCCCUGGAGCAGUGCCACGGCCGGAGCUUCCAGGCGGAAGCCUGCUUCGGCCAGAUCCGCGAGGGCCUCCGGGGCUACGGCGGCGCCCUGGCCUCCGUCCUGGAGCUGCUGCCCGCCCACGCCGGCCUCGUGGAGAGGCUGCAGCUCGACGCCGCCAACCUCUCCUCCAACAUCCAGCAGCAGAUGGAGGACCUGGGCCUGGCCACGGUGACGUACCCCGCCGAGGGCCGCGGCGCCCUGCCCGCCUUCUCCUCCAGCUUCCACCACCAGGUCGGCGGCUUCUUCAUCCUGGCCAACUUCCAGCGGUUCCUGGAGACGGCGUACCGGGCGCUGCGGCACCUGGCCCGGCGCUGA